AUGAAGGAAACAUGGGAGGCUCGAGCAUCAGCCAAACGCGCCGCGACCUUAGACAAGAUCCCUCUGGAGUGGAGAUUAUCCUCAGAGGACCUCGAACGAGCUCACUGCCAGCGCGACAUAACCGGACCUUUCAUCGAACAGUUCCUUUGCAAAGAAGCAGUUUCUAUCACGUCCCUAAAGACUGUUGGUAUUUUAAAUGCUGUAUCCAAACAAGAACUCACAACGACGAGGGUCGUGGGGGCAUUUUGUCAACGAGCGGCGGUCGCUCAUCAAGUCAGUAAUUGUCUUCAUGAAAUCUUCGUUGAUCAAGCUCUGGAACGCGCCCGGUAUCUGGACGAUUACUUCGCCAAACAUGGAACGACGCUUGGACCUCUUCAUGGUCUACCUAUCAGUCUCAAAGACCAAUUCCACGUGAAAGGCGUCGAUACAACAAUGGGCUACGUUGGUUGGAUAGGCGGUAACCUGGGUAUUGAUCCUGACAAAACUCACACGGUCGAGAGCCAGAUCGUCACCGAGCUACUCUCCCUCGGAGCAGUGCUAUACUGCAAAACAAGUCUCCCUCAAACCCUCCUCUUUGGCGAGACCAAGAACAAUAUCAUUGGCCAGACAUUGAACCCAAUAAAUCAGAACUUGUCGUGUGGCGGUUCGUCUGGAGGUGAAGCGGCUCUCAUGGCAUUAGGCGGAAGUUCAGUUGGAGUAGGUACAGACAUUGGUGGAUCACUCCGAAUACCAGCUGGUUUUUGCGGAAUAUAUUCGAUAAAGCCAACGUCGAAUCGAUUGAGUUAUCGGGAUGUGGCGAAUACGAAUCCUGGACAGGAUACAUAUCGGUCUGUGAUUGGAUUCAUGGCGACGUCGAUUGAUGCGCUGGAGGUGAUGUUCAAAGCUGUUCUUGGGAAGGAGCCUUGGUUGAAGGAUCCAGCUGUUAUACCGAUUCCUUUUCAACAAGACGUGGCGGAGUCGUAUCAGAGAAGAGCGGAUGAUAAAGGCAACGCGAAGUUUGGUGAGAGGCCACUGAAGAUGGGAGUACUUUGGCGUGAUGGUAUGGUUGGACUACAUCCGCCUGUUCUCCGUGGGUUGAAGGUAGUGGUUGAGGCGCUGAAGAAAGCUGGGCAUAAGGGAGGAUUCCUCAGCGCAGACGGAGCGCACGACAUCCACCAGCACCUUAACCGAUCCGGCGAACCUCUAAUCCCAGAUCUACGAGACGGUCUCAAGCUUAAAACCCCGACGGAAUUACUCAAGUAUCAGGGCCUAACCAUCCAGGGCCUCGAGUUCGAGCAGCAGUAUUCCGAUUACUGGAACUCCACCGCCGACUCAGAUGAUCAGAUUGUAGACGCCGUUCUAAUGCCUGUAGCGCCUCAUGCAGCUGUGAUACCGGGGAAGUUCUACCACGGAGCGUAUACUGAUGCGAUGAAUUUGACGAAUUAUACGGCUGUUGUUAUUCCCACGAUCAGAGCCGAUAAGAAGAUUGAUGUUUUUGAUGAGGGGUAUGAACCGUUGGGGGAUAUGGAUAGGAAGAAUUGGCAAGCUUAUUUGUAUGACGGGGCUCCAGUAGGGGUACAAAUCGUAGGGCGAAGGUUCGAGGAGGAGAAGUGCUUAGCCAUAGCUCGAAUAGUCCAUGCAGUCGUUCAGAGCGUAAUCAAGACAGCGUAA